AUGAAUUCAGGCUCUAGCGAUACCUCGUACCUCUGGCAAAGGUCCCGCAGUGGCGUAUGGGAGAGACAAAUCGACGAAUGUGAAAGCUUUUACUGGCUUUACACUAAAGAAGGUCACGGCUGUUAUCCCAUCACUGCUUGCGCAUCCUUCAAACUCAAGCUCUCUCCCCACGGUACCCAUCACCACGAUAUCGAGGCUCUCAAGAAUGCUUGGCUGUUUCUCCGACACAAGCACCCGACAUUGGGGUCCCGUAUCGAACGAGAUGACAAAACUGGCACGUCAAAAAGGAUUCACAAGCCCUUUGAAAAUGACGAGGACGUCAAUACUUGGUUGAGCUCGACUUUCAACAUCAUAAGCACCGAUAAAAGCGCGCUUGAGUGGUUCAACAAUGAUGCUCCCAUCUUUACUACUCCAACCGUCUACAUCGUCCAUUCCAAAGAGGAUACCAGCCACCAGACCUUGUUUUUGCGAUGCCCUCACGAUAUCACCGAUGGUGUUGGAAUUCUACAGCUUCUCAACCAGCUGUUUACUCAUGCUAGUCAGUUUUAUAAACGACCAACAAAGUUUCACUACCCGUUGCCCGACAAUGACCUCGAUGCAAGACUUUCGCCGUGUCUUCGUGUCGCGGCCUCUAUUCCUGACCCCUUGUCAGACACGCAAGUUCAGCGUUUCAAUGAAAUCUCUACCAAUAAUGGGGAGAUGUACAAUCGUCCUGGUCUGAUGGGCUUGCCUCCAACCUCCUCUCCAGGGAUCAAAGCCGAAUUCAGGGCUAAGCGCAUCGCGGUCUCGGUCCCCCAAGGCAUAUCGGUACAGAUACUGGCUUAUUGUAAGAUGCUUGGCUCCGGAGUCAGUUUGACUCAUGUCUUCAUCUCGGCUCUGGCAAUGGCCCUUGCUGAGUUCCAGCCUCGGAAGCAGGAAGCCUAUCCUGUUCGAUAUGUCGAUCGGCCAAUGCUCAACAUUCGCCCAUUCUGCAAAGAACCAUACAGCAGCCCUGAUCAUGCGGGCGCAGCGUAUCAUGCCGUGUGCGCACAUGCUUUAGGUAUUGAGUUGGAAGUUCCUGGGCAGGCAGUUGACAAAGAUGUUGCGACAAAAACCUUGCCUCAAAUAGCUACAGAAGUUCGAGACUUUUACAACAAGCACAAACCCACCUUAUCGGAGGAUAUCCACGAACAGGUCCUCUUCGCACCUCUGACGUUCAGAUCCCAGUUUCCCCCACCCGGGGCAGAUCUUUGGUCUGCCUCAGAUCCACCAUUCUGUCCUGUUUCUCUCUCCUCAAUCGGCAACCUAAGCUCUGUUGUGGCUACAUCUAAUGAAGUCGUCGAGCUCACAAAUGUCUGGGUCGCCAGUCAAUCAAUCAUUACUGGUGUUGCAAUCUUUCUUGGCAGCUGGGAUGGUGAGAUUGAACUCUCUAGUGUUUUCAAUUCUCAAUUCCAUAGUGAGGAGUAUAUGAAAAGGUUCUUGGAGUGUAUUUUGAACCGUGUAUAUGAGUUCUGCACGUAA